GCCGUAUCUGACGUCACCCAUUUCAAGAUGGCUUCCGAGAUGGAAGAAGAUAGAAAAUUAAUUUCAAUUCAAAACUUUGAAUUUGAUGCAUUUUCUCAACUUUUUCAGCUCAAAGAAAAUGAAAAAUUAUGUGAUAUCUCCCUGAAAGUUGGGGAUGACUCAGUGAAAGCUCAUCGAGUUGUUUUGGCCGCCGCAAGUCCAUAUUUUCAUGCAAUGUUUACAGGUGAUAUGCUGGAGAGCCGACAAGAUGAGGUCGCCUUAUAUGGAGUCGAAUUUAAAGCUCUUGAAUUACUUAUUAAUUACUGCUAUAGCGGAAAGAUAGAAAUUACCACGAAAAAUGCUCAAAGCCUUCUAGUAACAGCCAGUUUACUGCAACUUAUUCAAGUUAAAGAUGCCUGUGUUGAAUUUUUUCAAGAAAGACUUCAUCCAAAUAAUUGUCUUGGGAUCCUUAAUUUUGCCGAGGCAUUCAGCUGCCAGUCUUUGUCACAAGCAGCUGAUGCAUACGCUGUCCAAAACUUUAAACAUGUUGUUAAUUCCGAGGAAUUCUGUGCGCUUUCUUAUGAAAACAUGUCAAAACUCUUGACUCGUGAAGAUUUAAACAUUCGUUCAGAGGAACAGGUUUUUGAAGCUGUUAUGAAAUGGAUAAAAAAAGAUGAAGAAGAUCGCAAAGUAUUUUUACCAAAUUUGUUAAAGAAUGUCCGCCUAGCUCUCCUAUCACCCCAGUAUCUUUGUGAUAAAGUUUGCAAUGAUGAACUUAUUCGGAACAGUCUAACAUGUCGUGAUGUUAUUGACGAGGUGAAGAAUUAUUUUCUGCUGCCUGAGCGAAGAAUGAACUAUACAGGCAUAUUUGCUAAGCCAAGGAAAUGCAGUGAGGCAGCAGGAGAGAUCUAUGCCAUUGGUGGGCUCACACAAAGUGGUGAAGCACUCAGUACAGUUGAGAAAUUUGAUCUACUUAACCUCAGUUGGCAGUCGUGUAUCUCAAUGUUAACUCUACGGACAAGAGUUGGAGUUGCAGUUCUCGGUAGCAAGUUAUAUGCCCUGGGUGGGUAUGAUGGGAAUGAUCGUCUAAGCACAGUUGAAUUCUUCGACCCAGAAGAAAACACAUGGUGCAAGACAUCAUCAAUGAAUACCCGACGUAGUGCUUUGGGAGCGUCCACCUUGAAUGGCAAUAUAUUUGUAUCUGGUGGCUAUGAUGGUCACAUCUCUCUUCACACCGUAGAGUUCUUCAAUCCUGAGACAAAGCAAUGGCGAUUCACCUCUCCUAUGACUACCCUCCGUAGUGCCGCUGGGAUGGUGUCUUUGAGUGGCAAACUCUAUGUUGCUGGUGGUCACAAUGGUUUGCAGAUAUUUAGUUCUGUAGAAUGUUUUGACCCUCAGUUGAACACAUGGACGUCAAUGCCUGGAAUGCAGUCAAGGAGAUGUCGUGUUGGUGUUGUGGAAAUGGAUGGUUGUCUCUAUGCAUGCGGUGGUUACGAUGGUAACUCCUUUCUCAAUUCAUUGGAGCGGUAUUGCCCCAAGGAAGGUGCAUGGUCGUUGUUGGCACCCAUGAGCUCCAGACGAAGCCGAGUUGCCUUGGCAACACUUGGUGGUCAUCUUUAUGCUAUUGGUGGCUAUGAUGGUAUGUCUAACCUGAGUACUGUGGAGCGGUAUGAUCCAGUUGCUGAGCAGUGGUUUCCAGCUCCAUCAAUGAUCUUGCAUCAAGGUGGUGUUGGUGUAGGUGUUCUACCUUGUGCCUGAUGAAUGGCUCUUACUGUAACUAUGAAAUGGUUCUCAUGAACAGUGAAAGACUAUUCUCUGGAUUGAACUUGUUGCCCCCCUGAUAUAAAUCAGACUUCUUCCAAAACUGUUGCCAGCUAACUUAUGUGAACCUUGUGUAACAUGAAUGGAAUCUUGAGCCAUAUUUAUGGCAUUGAACCUUAGGACUGUAAUGUAAACAGUUUGUUUUACAUUUUAUUAUGACAUUUUCCCUUAGAAACAUUUUUGACAUUGUUUUCAUUUGAAUUUAAAAUUAAAAAUAAAUUGACCCAUUGCGUACCAAAUCACAUGAAUAUCAAUAUAAAAAAAUCAACAAUAUCAAUAUUUCGAUAUUUUUCCUAUUCUUGAAAGUCACUAAAUCCUGAUUUUUGCCAAACUACAGAAAGCAAUGCACGUUAUUCAAAUAUUUGAGAAAUUUCACAGCUGUUGAC